CUGGGUGACUGGUUAGCGCGUGUGCGGAUGACGAAGCGGAAGUGCCCGGGCCAGAGGCGGGACCAGAGCCCUAAGGGGCUCGAAAUUACGGAAGUUUUGUGCGGAGGGUCGGGUGGCUGCUGGAGUUCCUGCUGGAUUUACGGCUCCGGAGCUGGGGCUGCCGCUGGGGGGGUCUCAGAGCCGCCAGCCUCCGCACGGUUUGCGGUGGUGACCCGGGCGCGACUCGACGGCGCUGCUGCGGGCCUUGUCUGUAGUAGGGGACCCCUCGGAUCUCCACCAUGGCGUCCACGAACACCAACCUGCAGAAAGCAAUAGAUCUUGCAAGCAAAGCAGCCCAGGAAGACAAAGCUGGGAACUAUGAGGAAGCUCUUCAACUCUACCAACAUGCUGUGCAGUAUUUUCUCCAUGUUGUUAAAUAUGAAGCACAAGGUGAUAAAGCCAAGCAAAGUAUCAGGGCCAAGUGUACAGAAUAUCUCGAUAGAGCAGAAAAACUAAAGGAAUAUCUGAAGAAAAAGGAGAAGAAACCACAGAAGCCUGUGAAAGAGGAACAGUCAGGCCCAGUUGAUGAGAAGGGGAAUGACAGUGAUGGGGAAGCAGAAUCUGAUGAUCCUGAAAAAAAGAAACUGCAGAAUCAACUUCAAGGUGCCAUUGUUAUAGAGCGACCAAAUGUGAAGUGGAGUGAUGUUGCUGGUCUCGAAGGAGCCAAAGAAGCUCUUAAAGAGGCUGUGAUUCUGCCUAUUAAGUUUCCUCAUCUGUUUACAGGAAAGCGGACACCUUGGAGAGGAAUCCUAUUAUUUGGACCACCAGGAACAGGAAAAUCUUAUUUGGCUAAAGCUGUUGCAACGGAAGCAAACAACUCAACAUUUUUCUCAAUAUCUUCCUCUGACCUUGUGUCUAAGUGGCUGGGGGAAAGCGAAAAACUGGUUAAGAACUUAUUCCAGCUUGCCAGAGAGAACAAGCCUUCUAUCAUCUUCAUCGAUGAGAUUGAUUCUCUGUGUGGUUCCAGAAGUGAGAAUGAGAGCGAGGCUGCACGGAGAAUUAAGACGGAGUUCCUGGUUCAAAUGCAAGGAGUUGGUGUGGACAAUGAUGGCAUUUUGGUUCUGGGAGCUACAAAUAUACCCUGGGUUCUGGAUUCUGCAAUUAGGCGAAGAUUUGAGAAACGUAUUUAUAUUCCUUUGCCCGAAGCCCAUGCCCGAGCAGCCAUGUUUAGACUGCACUUGGGCAGCACUCAGAACAGCCUCACAGAAGCAGACUUCCAAGAACUUGGGAGGAAGACGGAUGGCUAUUCAGGAGCAGAUAUAAGUAUCAUUGUACGGGAUGCACUUAUGCAGCCUGUGAGAAAAGUUCAGUCAGCUACUCACUUCAAAAAGGUUCGAGGACCCUCAAGAGCUGAUCCUAACUGCAUUGUAAAUGACCUGCUGACACCCUGCUCUCCGGGAGACCCUGGGGCUAUUGAAAUGACAUGGAUGGAUGUUCCUGGAGAUAAACUCUUGGAGCCAGUUGUUUCCAUGUGGGAUAUGCUGCGGUCCCUGUCCAGCACAAAGCCAACAGUCAAUGAGCAGGACUUGUUGAAGCUGAAGAAGUUUACAGAAGAUUUUGGCCAGGAAGGCUAACACAAAGACAGCAAGAACAUGUUUAUGCUGCAUUUCUUCUCUUUUGUAGGUAUUUUGCCUUUCUUGGAUGACAUUCAGAUUAUUUCCAGCAAAACUCGUUUACCCAGGGAAACAUACAUGUCACUUGAGUGUUCCUAAAGUCUGUGUUGUCCUUUUCCUUCACUGUCUGUUAAAUUCUCUAAUUCACAAACAUUGUCGAAUUGUAAGGAAAGCAACAAUGGUAUGAGGAACAGCAGAGUGGGGACAUCGAGGAGCCUCGCCCGGCUUCAUGGACAGCAGCUAGGAUUCUCAUGAGUACUUGUUCAAAGAGCAAGGCCUUUUUUCUUUUCCUAAAAAUGAAAUUGAAACGGGGCUAAAGCUAAUGGUAUAUAAAUGUCUUGAAAAAUCUUUAAGCAUUUUAUCAAUGUAAACUUACUGCUUUAUUAAAAAUUAAUGGUAGAAUCUUUACUCUCAGGGAUGGGCAGCAAAACGCAGAGCACUGAUGAAUUUGGGGUUUGUGGCACAGCCAGUGCUCCUGUUGAGUUUCUAGUGGGCUGGUUUCUCCUGUAUAGAUUAAAGUGAUUCCUUUAAAGCAGUGGGCUUUUAUAACUCCAUGACUCCUUCCACUGUGCACUCGAGACUUUCUAAAUCAGUAGUCAUCUUUGCCUUGUCUACGCAGUGUCUUUUAUAGCCAAGAUUGACCAAAAGAGGUAGCAAACAAGUAUGCAUUUUUCGAGAAUUGUCAUGAAAUACUGUAAUGGGAAACUUUAAUAAGAAAAUGACUUUCUUCUGGACUUUGGGAUGUUUCCUGUGGAUGAUGUGGGUAUGUGUGUACAUAUAUAUACAUAAUUUUUAAAAUAUUAGCGAGAGUCAUGUCUUUCACUUUUAAGUUCAGGGAGCAGUUUGUUCUAACCACACAAACAUUCUCAGUGUGGUAUUUCAUGGAGCUUUAGAGACAAACUAAUGUCUCAUUACAUAAUGAAAUAUGAACAUACCAUCGUGUUAUUUCAAUGUCUUCAAAUACAUGAUCUGAGGGUGUAUGUCACAUACUUGUGUACCAACUCUUAGUUGUGCCUUGGACAUUUGCAUUGCCUACCUGCAAACAAUUACUAGGUUAACUAGAAUUGCUAUGCAGUUCUACCUUGCGAGUGCUACACGGUAAUUGCAUUUUAAAGUAUAUUUGCACAUUUUACAUGCUAUGCUAUAUGAUUGCCUUUGGGUUUUGUGUACAGACUAUUUUUGUUGAUAUUCAAUGAAAAUUAUAGGCUUGAAAUAAUACUGUUCCUAUGUGAAGUAAAUUGCUAUAACCUACUUUUGGCUUUUAUAUGUUUUUUUUUUUUUUAUUUUGGAACCUUCUACAUAGGAGAAAAUGUCUUAAGUUGGUUAGAUAAAAAGAAAUAAUUUAUAUUUAUUAAUGAGCAUAUAUGAAAGAUUCAAGGGUAGAAGUGCACACCUAUAAUCUCAGGACUUCAAAGCUAGUCUAGUUUCCAUAACAAGACACUGUUUUUUAAAAGAACAUUAAAAUUCUGCUCUUCCACAGCUACUGUGUGAAAGCUGUAAGUUAUAUUGGCAGAAUAAUACUGAAUUUUUUCUAAAUGAAUUAAUUUGUGUAGCAUCUUAGUUGUUGAAUUAGAUUUUAAUUAAUAGAUCCUACUUCCAGCCUCAGUGCUUAACAUUCCC